CGCUUCCUGUCGUGGACACGUCGGGAUGUUCACAAACAGGCGGAUGUCCAACCUGAUCAGCCUCAGCGCAGGAACAGACCCAUAUUCCCAGCGCAGUGAAUUCUGGGAACACACAGUAGUUUCAAGAUGGCGGCGAGCAGGAGGCUGGCCAAGGAACUUGAUGAGAUUCGCAAGUCUGGAAUGAAAAACUUCAGAAACAUUCAAGUUGAGGAAUCAAACUUAUUGGCAUGGCAAGGGCUGAUUGUUCCUGACAACCCUCCUUAUGACAAAGGUGCAUUCAGGAUUGAAAUCAUUUUCCCCACCGAGUACCCUUUCAAGCCUCCCAAGAUCACAUUCAAGACAAAGAUCUACCACCCCAACAUUGAUGAGAAGGGCCAGGUGUGCUUGCCUGUGAUCAGUGCAGAGAACUGGAAGCCUGCCACCAAAACUGACCAAGUAAUUCAGUCCCUCAUCGCGCUGGUGAACGACCCCCAGCCCGAGCAUCCCCUGAGGGCCGACCUAGCAGAAGAAUACUCAAAAGACCGUAAAAAAUUCUUGAAGAAUGCAGAAGAAUUUACAAAGAAACACGGAGAAAAGCGGCCAAUGGACUGAUCACGUCACGAGCGCGUAGCCCUCUGUCUGCCUCCCUCCCCAGCCCCCUUCUGUUUCACGUGUCCGACCAAAUACUGAUCUUCCUCUGCCCUCCCCGCUCCGUCCCCCACCAGCAGCUCGUCACCUCCUCGGCCCCCUCGUUUCACAUAGCGCUCCUUUAAACGGCCCUGGAGCUGCCCCGCUGAGGCCAGGCAGCGACAGCCAAGCAGGACUCUCUGUGGAUCAGACCGCUUUCUCUCCUCCUCCUCCUCGCCGUAAAUCUCCAGACCAUUUCUAACUUUCUACUCUUUCUUAAAGUGAAAAAUGGAAAAAAGAAAUGCUAAGGGAACAUGAUGUGUUAAUUUUCUUUGGGCUUUUUUGGCUUUUCCUCAGUAGAAACAGCUCCUGUUUUAAAUGGAUCUCACUUAGACAUGAUUUGUCAUAAAUAUUUGAUUCUUUUAUUUUGAAAAGCAGAAGACGAGUGUGUUUGUUUUUGGUUUUGUUGGUUUUCAUUUGGCCCAUCUUAUGUACCGUUUUAAGCUGAAACAGAUGAGAGUUGCCGUAGCUCAGACCCGAGGCCAAUGUUUCCUUCAUCUCUCUACUGCUUGUAGAAAUGCACUGUACUGUGUGGAACAGUCCAUCUCACAUCUCCUCCCCCAGAGUCUGUAACAGUUGAAAAUGUUAGGCCGUACAUGAAUCGAGUUAUUGUAGAAAUGCCAGAGAUGAUUUCCGAGUGUUAAAGAUUUUCAAACACUAAAAACAUGCAGCUGAAAACUUCUGCAUCACAGAUGGUUAGCCAUUCACCCGCCCUCCUCAACAGCCAUUGGCUCCCAAACUUCUUUUUUUUGAUUGACACUUGUGUAUAAAAUCUGCAAGAAUGUGUUGGAUUGAUUUGAAUUUCCAUGCAUGUCCCCUUUCCUCCUUUUGGGUGCCCAGUAUAACCAUGUUUAGAACCAGGAACCUGUAGUACACUGAGACAUACUCACAUAGUCAGCUACCCAGCUGAGAGGGGCCUAACUUAUCACGCUGGGGGAAGGAGACACUAAGCUUGAAGCUUGGAUCAGCUCCUGGAGAUCGUCCGAGAAACAGUAACCUAGAAGGCAGCUGGGAGAGGGCUGGCCGUCCAGGGAUGUGCCGGGACAUGGAAAGGGACUGCAGCGGCCAAACGACACCAUGUAACAGCUAUUUGAUCUGGUCCCAAUAUUGUUUCAUAAUAAAGAUGAUGGCUUACCA